UGGUAAAUGAUACCAGAGAAAAAAAAAAGGGGUUAGGUUCUCUCAUUUCACCAAACAAUCGAGCAGACUUCUCUUUCAUCAAUCUCCGAAGAAGAGCUUCUCUGCCUUCUAAAAGGGCGGUUCUUCGGUUAUGGUUAAUGCCUUAGAUUUGCAGAGCUUUAUUCUCAGAGCUCGAGUGCUUAAACUGUACAGGCAAGCUUUGAAGAUAGCUCACAGAGCUCCUCCUCAGGCUAGAGGGGAAUUAAAACAGAGUAUUAGGCAAGAGAUGGAGAAGAACAGUGAGUGCAAGGACAAGCAAAAGAUCAGGUAUUUGAUUAGUGAAGGAUUAGAGAGGAUUAAACAACUUGAUGAGAUGUUGGACAUGCAAGGCCAUUGAAAGCAUAUGUUUUGUCUGAUAAAAGUAAAGUACAAAAGAAACAUGUGUUCUUCUUGAACAUAUAUUCAUUUGGUUUGAUGCUUAGUUAGGUUCAAUAUCUGAAAAAUCAAGUGUAACAAAUAUGUGUGGUAAUAACAAGAAUGAUGUACUUUUUACUUACCAAACACAUCCACUUGCUAAUAGGACACAGCUUGUUUGAGUCUAA